AUGUUCGCAAUGAAAUCUGAAAUGCUUGCUGCAACAACAAUGAUGAAUAAUCAGUCAAUCGAAACGGUACGAAGCUGUUUCGGUAGAGCUCAAAAACGCAGUCUGUUGCUGAAGAAAGAUGAAAAGCUGGAAAAUUCGGUGAGUCAAAAGACAAUUAAAGCAGACACUAUUAACGGAGCUACAGCUCAACGUUAG